GGAAACUUGCAAUGGAGUGGAGAAUAUUGGAUAUAUCCAAGUGGAUGGGGAUAUAUAGCCUAUUUGGGAGCGACCAAUUUUUGUUUUCUUAAUCUCAAGGCUUAAUACGUAAUUUUUCAACCCUGGAGCAGUUGGAUAGAAUGGCCUCAGGUGGCGGGGAUGGCCCGGGGAAGGUUACACAGUACCGGGUGGAACACCUCCUCACUGCGGUGGAGAACGAGCUACAGGCGGGCAGCGAGAAGGGCGAUCCCACGGAAAGACAACUCAAAGUCGGCUUGGAUGAGAACGAACUCUGGCAGAAGUUCAAGGAACUCACGAAUGAAAUGAUAGUAACCAAAAAUGGCAGGCGCAUGUUCCCGGUGCUGAAAGUGAAUGUUUCUGGGUUGGAUCCAAACGCCAUGUAUUCGUUCCUGCUGGACUUCGUGGCUGCGGACAACCACCGGUGGAAAUACGUUAAUGGGGAGUGGGUUCCCGGGGGCAAGCCCGAGCCUCAAGCCCCGAGCUGCGCAUACAUCCACCCGGACUCGCCAAACUUCGGGGCGCACUGGAUGAAAGAUCCGGUCUCAUUCAGUAAAGUCAAACUCACCAACAAACUCAAUGGAGGAGGCCAGAUCAUGUUGAACUCAUUGCACAAAUACGAGCCACGUGUCCAUAUCGUGCGAGUCGGAGGGGCGCAGAGAAUGAUCACGAGCCACUCCUUCCCGGAGACGCAGUUCAUAGCCGUCACUGCCUACCAGAACGAAGAGAUAACCGGUCUGAAAAUCAAAUACAACCCGUUUGCCAAGGCCUUUCUGGAUGCUAAAGAAAGACCUGAUCAUAAAGAUGGUAUGGUUGACAGUGGCAACCAGCAGUCAAGCUACUCUCAAUUGAGUGGAUGGUUCAUCCCAGGCCCUCCUUCUAGCCCUCACACCCAGUUUGGGAGCACCUUGUCCCUGUCCUCAUCCCACGGCUGUGACCACUACUCCACUCUGAGAAAUCAUCGCUCUGCUCCCUACAGCAGCCCCUACACCCAUCGAACCACCUCCCCUACUGGUUACUCUGAUAGCUCCUCUGGCUGUCUGUCCAUGCUGCCCUCCCAUGACAACUGGUCCAGUCUGCAGAUUACUUCCCACUCCACGAUGCUGCCCGUGACCCACUGUAGCGCCGCUGGGACGAACUCCAGCCUGUGGUCCGUCAGUAACCCGUCCCUGACCCCUGUCUCCCAGUCUGGGGGGAUAUCCAACAGCUUAGGCUCCCAGUUCCUGCGAGGCCCCAGUGGUAGCCACUAUCCUGGGCUGUCCCACUCUGUCACAGCGCCACCCGGUGGAUCUCCGCUUUAUGACGGCAGCACAGCCACAGAGGUGCAUGAUAGUACGACUCUAUCGCAUUAUGAUACAUCCCCGCACCGUCACACACAACUGACAACAGUAUGGUCUCCUGUUACACCUCCUUCCCUGUAGGGGGCGAGAGACAGACAGUGUAGUACAAUCAAUGGCCAUGUUUUCUGAUAAAAACUUGAUAGCAACAUGGACUGUGAUCUGUAAGCAAACCAAAGGUUUAUUGAGCUUGUGUCUGCUCAUAUUUCUGCUAUUUUCCAUGUGAUAAAUGUCUUCAGCUUUAUCCAUUGAAAGAAGUACACUGAUCCGUGUUGGCUAAUUGUACAUCUAAUGUAUUGUUCAUAGUGUAAAUAUGAUUAUAUUAUCACCUCAGAAUGGAGGUUGACCAUGUAAAUAGAUACCAUAAUGUUGCUGUUUGUUUAUGAAGUUGUCUGAGAAAUUGUUGUAAAUGUUACUGUA